CAUCCAUGUCUAGAAUAAAGAACCAACUUCCAUGUGUUUGAGAGCCGUGCUUGUGAUCAACGUGCCCGUGUCGCGUAGUGUGCAAGUUUAUCGUUAAUUUUAUUUCCAGACUGUAACCUUCCUUGAAAAUUGAGAAAAGCUACGUAAACAGACAGGCAAAAUGUCUUUCAUGCGAGGGCCUGCGCCCGUUCGGAGGACUCUGCAGUAUCUUGAGAAAGGUCGCCUGGUGUUCAAGGACCGAGUGAAAAUCAUGAGCCUGAAUUACAACACUGCUGGAAGAGCCAGGGAUCGGCACGAAGGCAUGAAAGAUUUCGUCUUUUGGUUUCUGCCUCAGGUUCAGUACAAAAACCCCGACGUACAGGUCGCCAUAUUCAAGAACAUGACGCCGACGCCGUUCGCCAGGUUCUGGCUCGAAGACGGCAAAGAGGUCGUCAUGGACGUAGACGGAAAGAGCAAGGAAGAGAUCCUAAACCAAAUGCUUGUGACCCUGGGCAAGACGACUGAGCAGCUACAGAAGGAAGCACUGAUGCGCGAGAAGAAAGACACGCCAGCCAACUUCGGCCGACACUACGACAAAUUUUGCAUCUGCGAGGUGCCAGGACAAGUCCCUUGCCCGGGCAUCGUACCCUUGCCUAAAAGCAUGCGUGGAAAGUUCCGCCUUGAACAGGAACUGUGAAUGAAAAACGAGAAGUGGUGCUGUUUGGAACAGUUUUAUGUGAGCGUGUGGCAACAGGAAAUGAAUGCGAAAUUGCCGAUUCGUAUGAAGUGCGUCGACAUUGUGCCAAUACGUUGUCGCUUGUUGGUACCAGGACUGCUGAUGCUGUAGACAAUUGAAUGAAAGCUACAAUUAUGAAUACAACUUUGUUACUGUGCAGA